GGGUGGGGUGGGGUGGGGAAGGAACCUGAACACACUCUAGCAAAGCAAGGAUGACUUUGGUAAGGAUUCGGAGGAGCUUCCGGCAGGUGUCUCCUCAGGUGGUGCUGUUCUUGCUGUUCGCCUUCUGCCUACUCAGCGUUUUUGUCUCGGCCUAUUAUUUAUAUGGGUGGAAGAGGGGGCUGGAGCCCUCUGGGGACAUCCCAAGCCCAGACUGUGAUGAACCGAAGGUCGCCCCUUCUCGCCUGCUUCCGCUGAAGCCAAUCAAAGUGGUGGAUUCUUCUCGCACAGACCCUUUGGUCCUUGUGUUUGUGGAAAGUCUCUACUCUCAGCUGGGCCAGGAGAUAGUGGCCAUCUUGGAGUCCAGUCGCUUCAAAUACCUGACAGAGAUUGCUCCAGGGAAGGGCGACAUGCCCACACUGACGGACAAGGACCGAGGGCGCUUUGCACUGAUCAUCUACGAGAACAUCCUGAAGUAUGUGAACCUGGACGCCUGGAACCGCGAGCUCUUGGACAAGUACUGUGUGGAGUACGGUGUAGGAAUCAUUGGCUUCUUCAAGGCCAAUGAGAACAGCUUGCUGAGUGCUCAGCUGAAAGGCUUCCCCCUUUUUCUCCACUCCAACCUUGCGCUGAAGGACUGCAGCAUCAACCCCAAAUCACCACUCCUGUACAUCACACGGCCCAGUGAAGUAGAGAAGGGACUCCUUCCAGGCGAGGACUGGACAGUCUUCCAGUCAAACCAUUCCACCUACGAACCCAUCCUCCUGGCCAAAACCAAGUCGGCAGAAUCCAUCCCGCACAUGAGCAUUGAUGCAGCACUCCAUACCACUGUGGUUCAGGAUCUGGGCCUCCAUGAUGGCAUCCAGAGAGUCCUCUUUGGCAACAACCUCAACUUUUGGCUGCACAAACUGGUCUUUGUCGACGCUGUUUCUUUCCUCACUGGCAAGAGGCUUUCCCUCCCCCUGGACCGCUACGUCUUGGUGGACAUUGAUGAUAUUUUUGUUGGCAAGGAAGGCACACGGAUGAAAGUGGAUGAUGUAAAGGCUCUCUUUGACACCCAGAAUGAACUGCGCACCCAUAUCCCCAACUUCACCUUCAAUCUGGGUUACUCAGGGAAAUUCUUCCACACAGGUACGGACGCGGAAGACGAAGGAGAUGACCUGCUGCUCUCGUACGUGAAGGAGUUUUGGUGGUUCCCCCACAUGUGGAGUCACAUGCAGCCUCACCUCUUCCAUAACCAAUCUGUGCUGGCUGACCAAAUGACCAUGAACAAGAAAUUUGCUGUUGAGCAUGGUAUCCCCACUGAUAUGGGCUAUGCAGUGGCACCUCAUCAUUCAGGGGUGUACCCAGUCCAUGUGCAAUUGUAUGAGGCCUGGAAACAAGUGUGGGGGAUACGAGUCACCAGCACGGAAGAGUACCCUCACCUCAAACCAGCCCGCUUCAGACGAGGUUUCAUCCACAAUGGAAUCAUGGUUCUCCCACGGCAAACAUGCGGCUUGUUCACACAUACCAUAUUCUAUAAUGAAUACCCUGGUGGGUCCAAUGAACUGGAUAAGAUCAUCAACGGAGGCGAGCUUUUUCUGACCGUGCUACUUAACCCUAUCAGUAUCUUCAUGACUCACCUCUCCAAUUAUGGAAACGACCGCCUGGGUUUAUACACCUUUAGACACCUGGUCCGCUUCCUCAACUCCUGGACUAACUUGAAGUUGCAGACACUGCCACCUGUGCAGCUGGCACAGAAGUAUUUCCAGAUAUUCUCAGAGGAGAAAGACCCUCUAUGGCAGGAUCCCUGUGAGGACAAACGCCACAAGGACAUUUGGUCCAAAGAGAAGACCUGUGACCGGUUCCCCAAGCUGCUAAUAAUUGGUCCUCAGAAGACAGGUACCACAGCUCUCUACCUGUUCCUGGGGAUGCAUCCUGACCUGAGCAGUAAUUAUCCGAGCUCGGAGACCUUUGAGGAGAUUCAGUUCUUCAAUGGGCAUAAUUACCACAAAGGCAUUGACUGGUAUAUGGAGUUUUUCCCCAUCCCUUCCAACACCACUUCUGACUUCUACUUUGAGAAGAGUGCCAAUUACUUUGACUCAGAGGUAGCACCCAGGCGGGCAGCUGCACUGCUUUCGAAGGCUAAAAUAAUCACCAUCCUCAUUAAUCCAGCAGAUCGGGCCUACUCUUGGUACCAGCAUCAGCGAGCACAUGAUGACCCAAUUGCCCUGAAGUAUACCUUUCACGAGGUGAUCACAGCUGGGCUCGAGGCCUCUCAGAAGCUCCGGACGUUGCAGAAUCGUUGCCUAGUACCAGGCUGGUAUGCUACCCACAUUGAACGGUGGUUGAAUAAUUUCCAUGCUAACCAGAUUCUUGUUCUAGAUGGCAAGCUGCUACGCACAGAACCAGCCAAAGUGAUGGAAACAGUCCAGAAAUUUCUCGGAGUGACAAACAGCAUAGACUACCACAAAACCCUAGCGUUUGAUCCUAAAAAAGGAUUCUGGUGCCAACUACUGGAAGGAGGGAAAACCAAGUGCUUGGGGAAAAGCAAAGGAAGGAAAUAUCCGGAGAUGGAUUUAGAUUCGAGAGCGUUCCUGAGGGACUAUUACAGGGACCACAACAUAGAGCUGUCCAAGCUACUGUACAAAAUGGGCCAGACUCUGCCAACGUGGUUGAGGGAGGAACUCCAGAACACAAGAUAGCCACUUCUUAUCUCCUGUAUUGAGCAAUAGUAGAAUGAGUCCGUGCGGAGGAUCUCGGAACCUGUACGCCGAGCCAAAAGGAUGUGAUAAUGGUGUGGGAUGAUAUACACAACCAGGGAAGAAGCAUUUUGAGCAAUAUCCAUUCAAGAUCAUCUGGGGGAAAUGGGGCAGUGGGGGGAAAUAGCAGGCCCAUUCAGUUAAACGCUGUAGCUUGGAAGAAGACAACCGCCUGAGACCAACCACCUGAGUUGAAUGACCUCGCUACACACCUUGGCCGAAACCAGUCUACAGCGACCUCUUCCAUUUUCCCCAGGAGUGCUGUGCUUUACUGCUAGUGUUGAGGUUGCCUCCUGUAGUCUGUAAUGCCACUUCCUGGUGAAGCGGAUCAGCUCAAGGAUCUGCUCUUUCUCCGCACCUGAGUCCCAUCACCUGAAAUAGUAUUACAGCAAGCCAGCUCCUUCUCGACAGAUGAUGGAGAAGGAGGAAAUGAAGGACUGGCUGGCAGGCAGGGGGCUUUGCUUAGUAACAGCUCCCGUCCCCAUGGAAGUUUGGAGAAGGGACCGCGAGGGCAGUUUGGAGCUGGAUUGGGGAGUGCCCCUGCUGCAAGCAUGGACUUACUUUAUGCAAUUUGGGAUAAAGCCCAGACCGGACUGGGAUGGUGUUACUCAGUAGAGUUCUUAGCUGAAAGAGGUGUUUUUUAUAUAUAUAUAUACAUGGUGACUUUGAAAAAUACUACGGUGCUGGCAAUACUUAGGUUAUACAAGAUGGAUUUCCCACCCACCCCUCUCCUCCGGUCUUCUUAUUUGGGGAUUUAUGAGAAGGGUGUGCACAGGGGAUGGGAGGGGGAUAAGGAUGGGGAAGACGCACACAUCUGACCAAACGAAAUCACUCCAGAGGGUUAUCUUAACACGCCCUCAUCCUGCAUCCCUGCCUGCAGCCACAAAGUUUUUAUGUGAGUGGUGGUUCCUGUGGUUAAAAGACUGACGCCAUUCAGUAUCCUAGCUGCUCUUCGCGCACAUGGCCCCCCCCCCAGAUCAUGAAAAGGAGCCCUGGGGUGUACACGACAGCCUUGGACUGGCAGCUGCCAAAAAGAUUACUUAAGAACAUUGAACUGCUUGAGCACUAAGAUAAAACAGUAUUUUAGUAACUUUCCUUUCCCAGCCAGAACUAUGGAUGCCAGAGUUUGCAUUCCAGAUUAGGUUCUUUAUUAUUAUUAAUAUUAUUAUUAUUAUUUUGUCGCUGCAGAGGAAGGCCAUGGAUUUGGCUGAACAGCCUGAUGUCCAUGUUUUCUGUUGCUGCCCCAGCUCAGUGGCCAGGGUUGAUGGGAAUCCCAACAGGAGUUUGGAGGGUACUGGGGUGGGGAAGGUUGCUGUGGAGGCUGGAGACAUUAACUGCAUCAUUUCCCUCAGCUUCCCUGGUUUCCCCAGCCAGGUGCUUCUCCAUCCUGCACACGGCCCACCUAGUGACUCCCAGUCACACAGGGCCUAUUCUUCCCCCUGACACUGUGCCUGAGCCCCAUCUAGCGGAUGAGUCGAGAAACAGCAGAUGCCUUUCAGCUCUACCUUUUUUAUUCAGUGUCUUUAUUUAAACAACUGUAACCAGUAAGGAAUAUGCAACUGCUCGAGAAGAAAAAAAAAAUGGAAUUGGAGAUGGUGACAGUGGAGGGUUACUCAUGUUGAGAUGAUGCCUCUUCUUCUUCCUGUUUAAAUCGUUUCCUCAUGUGGCCUUCUA